AUGUUUUCAGCUUCGGAAUAUGCGCUUCUGCCUCAGUUGUUCUUCUUGGACAACUACCACAACUGUCUGAUGGCUCCUGGAGACACCUACUGUUACGUGGACGCUAGACUUGUGACCAAUGAGACCAAUCAGCUGCUUACCGUCAUACAGGAAUUCUCGGCGUACAGCAAAACGCACUUCGACCGCACGAUCGUCCACAGAGGCGUGUGCGUCACGCAGACGUGUCGUGAUUACCUCGACAACUCCUCAGGCCUGGUUCCUACUGUUGAAGCCUGCCUUAAUUCUACGCUUUACAAGAGUCAUGGUCUUCAGACUAAAGUGAUGAAAGAUGUCGUGUACUGCACUAAGUUCGAGGAGCCUGCUGGCUACGACUUGGUCGACUAUGUCGUGGCGCUGGUGAUGCUGGUGCUGGUACUGUUCAAUGUGGCUGGCAGCUUGACUGAUCAUGUUGGCUGCGCUGAAACUAAGAGCACAGGAGGCCGACUGCUGCUAUGCUUCUCAAUCAAACGCAACUGGGUGCGCCUGCGCACAGCGGCGGGCGACGGCCCGGAGCCGAGACUGGAACGACUGAAAUGCUUCACCGGACUCAAAACUAUCACGACUAUACUCGUGAUCAUGGCACACUCUCCGAUAAACAUCGCGAUUUCCACCAGCGAUCCAGAGUUCCUAGAAAACAUAUACCACAACCCUGCAGCAACCUUCCUAUUCAACGGGACCCUGAUCGUCCAGACCUUCUUCCUGGUCUCCGGGUUCCUUCUAGCCUAUAACCUGCUGCUGAUGGAGGAGAAACGGCCGAUCAGCUGGGACAUGCUGCCGAAGGGAGUACUCAUCAGAUGGCUCAGAUUUGCACCUGUGAACGCCGUGGUCCUGGCCUUCGUGGCCACGUGGCAAAGGCAUUUGGGAAGUGGACCUUUAUGGAAGUCGCUGGUGCACAAGGAGGCAUCCCAGUGUAGACACGACUGGUUCUAUAACCUGUUGUAUGUCCACAACUACGUGGACAACUCGGACUGCAUGCCGCACACAUGGUACUUAGGCGCGGAUAUGCAGCUAAGCGUUCUCGGGCUAGUCAUAUUCUGCCUCGUGACCAGCCCCAAGCUCCGCAAGAUGGCCGUCGCUGCCGCGUUCGUGGUUGGCGUGGUAACACCGGCGAUCCAUGUCGUCGUUCAGAACCUCAGCCCUAUCCUGAUUGUUUCACCCGAAGUGGCCCGUAACAUCUUCGUGAGAGACCCGACGUUCAACAAUCUUUACAAACGAGGACACACGAAUCUAGUCAACUACGCCGUCGGAUUGGGAACGGCGAUGCUGGUAUAUCGGCUGCAGCAGCACAAGUUUGACGUCACCAAGUAUAAGGUACGAGAGACAGAACCUACGUUCAACAACCUGUACAAGCGCGGGCACACGAAUCUAGUCAACUACGCCAUCGGCCUGACGUCGGACAUGCUGCGAUAG